AUCAAGAAUUAAAAAUAAAGGGUAUACAAUUCCCAAUGACUGAUUUAGAUGCUAUGGCACCAAUUAUCACCCCAGAAAGAAGUGUACCUGAAACGGAGCAAAUUCCUGUAAAUCUAACAACAAAUGAUCAGCCUACGUCUUUGGGAACGCAACAUUUACCUUCUCAAACAUCACAAUCUAUUGGGCAAUUAACUCAAUUGACCGAACAACAAAUGGCUAAAUUACAAAGUGAACUUGAUGUUGUUCAAGGAAAUAUGCGCGUAUUGUCAGAAAUGUUGGCAUACUUUACAAGUCCAGACCAAAGUAAACAACAACCAGAUUCCGCGGAUCUUGAAUUAUUGAACGAGCUUCAUUCAACGUGUAAGGCAAUGCAAGAACGUGUUGUUGAUUUAAUUGGUAAAUUGGCCCAUGAUGAAAUGACAGCAGAAUUAUUACGAAUUAAUGAUGAAUUAAAUAAUCUAUUUCUUCGCUAUACGCGUUAUACAAAGAAUAAAAUGCAAGUACCAGCCAGUACUAUAUUGGCUCAAACUAUUGGACAUCCACCAAGUGUUGAAUCAACUCCAUCUCUUACUAAACGAGAAGCAGAAUCUCUUAUAGAUUUAUCUGAUGAUGUGGAUAAUUUAACAAAGCAGAUGGGUGAACUCGGUAAAUGUCAAAGGCUAUAUAAAUCUAAUGCAAUACUGCAUAUAAAAGAGAUUAUUCUGAGAUUAUUCUAAAUAUUA